AUGACAGAUUCUCUGGACCGACACGUGGUUGGCGUCGUCUGGGUGCACCCGUCGCUAGUCCAACGUCCAUUACCAGGGGAUCCACAUCAUUGGGGGAAGACUGAAGACCCUCGUGAUGUCGAAAAGCUCGUCAACUAUCUCAACGACGUCGGAGCAGACAGUGUUCGGUUGCGUGCCGCCGAGUUCCAGGUUUGGGGCCGCAUCACGAGGGAGGCCCUGAAGCAACUCACCGCGUCUUUACAAGUGUCCGAAUCUGCGCUCCGGGAGACCAUUAUCAGCGGGAAGCAUCUAUAUCUACGUGACGAUCUUUCUAUACAAUGCUUCGGCAACGGUCACCUCCUGGACGUCGCGGCCACUUGGUCUAGCAACGAAUGCUGGCCCGUUCGUCUGCACUGCUUUGAUCUCGACCCUACUCAGCUCCAACGGUACUACGAAAAGCUGGCAAGCCAAGCAUGCCUGGGCCUCGCCCCUACUGAUGGCGAGAUUUGCCGGCAUGUGUUAAAAUAUUGGCACUUGGGGAAACCCCUUCUCCGCAAAGCCUGGGAGGCCCAGAUUCGGACCAAGCCAAAACGCAAAUGUUUGGCCGCUUUGUUUGGACACUGUGCUACAGUCGACGCAUUGGUCAAGUUAGUUCCUUUUGAGGGUCUGUGGCCAGAGCUGAAGCUAGGGAACUGGCAGAAGAUCAGUGCGGCCCGUUGUGACGAGAUGGUGGCGAUGUACCUCAUUCGGAUGCAUCAAGUAUGGGAAGAUAUUCUCAGAGGCGGGACACACCUACCACCGCUCCUCGACCUGCAAUCUGUCAGGCUGCUACAAGGCAGAGCACCAUGCGCCAGCACUGACGACCGCGAUUUCAUCCGGAUUAAGAUGAGCAACGGCGAGUUGUUCCCCCACGUCACAGACUCGGCAGAGAGAGAUGUCAUUCUGGGGAAUAUAUUGAAGGUCCGAGGAAUCAUCUGCAGCUUUGAGCUGUUCGACGGAAACAUGAAAUAUCUGUCUAUUGGCGCUAAAAUCCUCAAGACAAUCUUCACGCUGUCCAUGACUGACAAGGCCACCGAGCUAGCUGAUCGCACUGAAACCAGUAUAUCAUACGAUCCACCACGGUGCUUCGGCGAGAUUCGGGCUGAGCGUCCGACCCUGUACAGUUCGCUUCGCGAGCUCUGGGAUGAUGCGCAGCCGCCGGUCUCAGAAUGCGAAGAAGGUGUUUAUACUCGCCUGACCGGUCCACCGUGCGCCGAGGCGGCCUUCCUGGGCUUGAUUCUACCCACGCUACGACACUUUCCUCGGUUGAGUCGCGAAGCUCCUCUUUCAAAUGUGGGCAGCAACGCAAUCGCGGCACGCGUCGAUGAUGCCUUUGUGCAAGCGCUUUGCCGCCGCGCUGAUAUAUUAGGCUUUCGUCACAGCAUAAUCGACCAAAGUAGAAUUAAUUCACCAUCUCAGUGGAGCGGCAUCAUGGCGGUUAAUCAGCGGUCUAUGAGUACGCCGGCGAAUUGGCGAUACGGCAAGCCGUCUCUCGUGACUUUGUUGGCCCUACAACGUGACGGGUUCUGGGUUGCCAACCCGCCUGUAGGUUCUACAAAGAAAAGUCUUGCACCAUCUUUUGUCUUCCAAGACUUGAUCGCCUCUUUCUUCGGCACCUUGCGAUGGGGCGUCGAUGACCGCGCGCCGCCGAUGCACGUGAGCCUGGACAGUUACGUACGCCCCCGCAGUGCUGGACCACGGUAUCGUAAUGAGAGCCGUUCUCCCACUGUUAACCUUUAUUUCUAA